AAAAUCCUGCCCGGCAUCCGUAGUUUGAUGACGUCGCGGAAAAACAUGGCGGCUCACUCGGAAUGAAUGAGCUGCAGACGAAAACACAACAACCGUGUUUGCGAAAACACGAACAAACUGAAUAGAAAAAAUAAGCCGCGCUGUUCCGAGUCGCCGAGCAUCCACGAAGCAGCUCAUUCAAUAAUGUUCGGUGGACGUGGCGCCGUCACCACCGCAGGUUUAGUGGACCGUGUCGGAGCCUGCUGCUCGCGCUGCCGAGUUCACUGAGCUGUGGCCGAGUGUCUCCCAACUUUGUCACAGCAAAUCACAGGACAGUGAAACAGAAAAGCAGAUGCCUGGCACGGCAACAUCACCCGUGUGUAAAGAUUUGCAGAGUCCUAAGAGCAGAGGCUACAGCAGAUACCCCGUCUUAAAUAAUGGAGAUUCUCCAGGAGAUGUUGAACCAUCACAGGACAUUUUCUGGGAUUCUACAUCUCCCACUCCAGCCAAUACAGGGCACAGGAACACCAGAGUCGUGGAAAUAGCAGAUAUUGUCAACCGAAUUGCUCCAAAGGAUGUGAAUCGGAAGGGGACUGAAUCUCCUCUGUUGCAGUGGAUCGGUGACAGUGCUGUCCCUUGCACUCCUGAUAUUCCGAAGCCAAGAGUCAGGAAAAAGUCCUGUCGGCAGAGCAAUGUGGAGGACCUCGUCAAACUGGCCAGGCAGUUUGACAAAAACAUGCAACAAGACAAGGAAACUUCUGAACGGUUCAACACUGUCAACAACAAUCUCAGUGAAUGUGGGAGCACAUCCAAGACAAGACUGACUGAGUCAUCAUUCCGUAGCAACAUGAAGGACCCAAAGCUUCCAUCUUCAUCGGAUCAGGUGGAGGCAGAGCUGCGCGCUCUGUUUGACGGCCCCACUCAGAAGGUCAGCGGCCGGCUAAGCCAGGGCUCCUUAGCAUCAGCCUGUUCACAGGACACAAAAGCCGAACCUGCAACCACACCUUCAGCUGAAUCCCAACAAUCAAAGCUCAGUUCAACUGACAAAUGUGGUCCAGUUGCACAUCCUGCUGAAAUAAAAGGAUUUUGUGGUUUUAGUGCAAACAGUUCUGAUGACUUUGAUGAUGACUGGGCGAAUGAUGACCUACUUGAUGACUCUUUCGUGCUGGCAAUGACCCAAAAUCCUGACCAACAACAUGACGCUAAAACAAACAUGCAGCCAGACACUAACACAAAUACUACUCAGUUCACCUCUGUGUGCAAACCUACUGCAAAUGCAAACUCUGCACAUCAACCUUCAGACUUGUCUUCCAAGCCAAGCUGCAGUGCACUCCAGGAACUGUGCCCCAAACCAAAGACUACCAACCGAAGCACUUUCAAGCUUGAGGCCAACCCUCACUUCAAGCCCAAGGUGGCUGCCAAGGUGUCUUCCAAAUCCAGCUUCACUGUUCUACAACCUAAACCACAGAUGUCUGAGCCAAAAUCUUCUAACAUUAAGACACUGCCUACUCAACCUGACAAGAUCACUAAUGAUCAGAAGGAGACUUGUAUCGCAGCAAACUCUGUUAAAGACAUUUCAGACAGCUUAUGGGAUGAUGGGGAUGACGAUGCGCUGCUCUACCAGGUAUGUGACAGUGUGGAGAGGAUCUCCAACAGUCAGUCACAGCAAGUGAGCCCCAACAGCCAAGAAAAACUAGUUACUGCUUUAGACAGACAGCGAAAAACCACAGCACCACUGCCAAUCGAUACGGCCUGGUCCACAAGUGCCACUGCCAGGGCUAAUAGACAGUCUCCAUGUGCUUUUGUUCGUUCUAACUCAUUACCGGGGACUAGCUAUGAGGCUGUGAACUACCAAGGAUGGAACAUUCCCAUGAAAGGUGCCAACAGCAAAUCAUGGAUGUCUCAGAGCCUCCCGGGAAGCCACAUGAGUGGGGGCCAUUGUAGGGACUCCUGUGGAACUUUCCAGGCUGCGAAUGUGGAUAUGAAGCCACAUACGGUGACAGCCGAGACACCACACAAGUCCAAGUCCUGUCACACAGCCUUCAAAAGAAAUGUGUCUGACUCAGCGGUUAUAGGCAACAAAGUUUUUGUCACAAGCCAGAUGACAGGGAAGUGCACUGCAGUCGAAAUCGAGAGGAAGAAACAGGAAGCCUUGGCCAGGAGACGACUGCGAAUGCAGAACACCCAAAAACUAUAGAGGAGCUUUCCGAAGUCUUUACUAAACUCAACACUAUUUACCAGUGUUUCCAUCACCUGUUUAACUUAAUAACAUCCUAGGUAUUUCACACAAGGUCACAAGGUUUUGAAAGCUUUGCGUAACUCUGCACUAAAAAGACCCAGUGUCUAUCAAAAUCAAGUGGAUACCUGUUGUAAGAGCCGCUGGACGUUUUUACUACUCAUGUGAAAACCUGUUUUCAAGAAGGGAGUUUUGUACAUCGUGUGAUGCAAGUCUGAUCUGGUGCAUCAUCUUCCUGAGCUUUGGUCUUGACAUUUUAAUUAAACAAAUAGUUUACAUCUGAAUGCUGAUUAAAACAUAUUCUGUUUUCCAGCAUAAUCAUUUCAGUUGUCUUCACACAGUUUGGACUUGAAAUGUUUGGGCUGAUUUUUGUCCUCAUUUCAAAGUAAAUAGUUCAAACUGCAGUGUAAGAGACAUCAAAACACAAUGUGUUGUUGGUGUUAUCCAUCAGAAACUGAUAUCUACAAUCUACAGUUAAAACAGGCAGUUACUAUUGUAUUCUCAGUAGUAUACAGUAGUAGUCUUUGAUAAGACAGAUUAUGUGCCUGCAACUUCUCACGAUGCAUACUUGAAAUGUUUGGGAAUUCUCAUAACUUUGCAAUCAAAGAACAUUGCUUUAAUUGAAGUAAAUUAAGACAGUAUUAUCUAUAACAUGAUCUAAAACUCCUCUUUGGGGCUAAACCGUACUGUACAUUUCAUGAAUGAGAAAAUGUCUGUUUUAUCCAUGAAACUAAGCAUGCCAUGAUUCGGCACUUUUUUUAUGUAUAUAUAUUUCAUGUUUGCUUUGUUUUUCCUCUUCAUUUUGUUUGUGCUUGUCACAUUUUUCGUCACUUCAGUUUUGCACGGAUUAGAAUCUACUUUUAUGCUAUAAAGACGGUGUUAUGGCAGUUUACUUUUGUAGCCAUAUACACCUUUAAAUGCAAUUGUUAGAAGUUAUACUGUUGCGAGGGUUGACCCACACCUUUAGUGCCUUGGUGCGUGGUAACUAAUCUGACUCCAGCCCCUGUUACUUCACAGUAACAGGAUGGACUUUUUCCUAGUUUUUCAUUUCAUGAGUUCUCAGAUUUUUCUAAUCUUUCAUGAUGUACACCUCGCAAGAUGGGAUAUUUUGAAAUAUCUGCUCAAUACUGAUUGUUUGUAGCUUUUUAUUCAUUAGUUUCACUUGUCCAACUAUUUUCCACAUUCUGAGGGGUCAUGUUACCAUUUUCUG